AUGGAUCCCGGGGCACGAAAUUUCUCGAGUGAUCUAGUGUACUCCUCCGAGAUAUCUAUCGCAACUCUGUUACAUGGGAAACCUGAGCAUGAACAAUUGGAUGUGUUGACCGACUUUCUGACAAGAGCCUCCGAGAUCAACGAGCGUGUUGCUUCAUCUAUCAGCGCCGCUUGGCAAUGGAUAUGCCAGAAUGAUCUUUGGUCUAUAAGAUACGAGAGCCUUAGCGACUACCAGAGGGCCAUCGGAUAUGCGAAAACUGUCCGACCGAUUUUACAGCGACAUAAAAAAUCGGAGCUAGCGAAACGAUCAAGCACCCGGACGAUAUUUCGGCACUGGCAAGUUCCAUUCGAUGAGGCCCUUCCAAAAUUUACUCGUCCGUUAAGUUGGAGCAAACAUUUGCUUUCAUUGGUAGCCCGUUUGAGCAAGCACCGGAAUCAUUUCGACUCACUCUUGCUUCUGGAAGAAAGCAUGAAAAACAGACCAGAACGUGGACGCAAGAAGAAUCAACUGAUGGCAAGUGAUGUUCAACGCGUAUUAGAGACUUUAGAGAUACCCCAGGUACGAUUGGCAAUACGAGGAUCAAGAAAAUCCCGAAUCCCCUCAAGUUCAGCUCAAAGCACAGGCACCCAUAAUAGCCCUGAGAUUGGAUCUUCAUCUUCCAACAUCCAAUCAGAAGUAUUUUUCCGCCCAAACACACACUCUCCAGGGGUGUUGUCGUUGGACAUCUCGUCUCCACAGCGGCCACAAACCAACACAGACCGGAAUAAGUGGCAGCGCUGCGGAUGUACCCCUAUAUGCUUGCCACUCAUCGCAUUAAUCUCCACUCCUGAGGUGGAAUUCGACAAAUGGCUUCUGGCAGCAUUGGUGAACUGGGCAUACAAAAUGUCGUGGGGUAGCUUUUGUUCAAAGCAUUUGACGCGCCUUGCACGGUUCAUUCCCGGAGCAGACUCGCGUGAUCGUGCUAGAGCUGCUGUGAUUCAGAACUUGGAGACUUUCUGCUCGCGUGAAUGCUACACCUCCAUAAGCGAUCAUCCCUUUAUCUCGACUCCCAACCUUUGUUCGAAUACGGAGCUCCUAUGUCGUUAUACGGGGUCUGCUGAUGCGUGGUGGCGUUGGCAAAGGGACGGAUAUCUCCACAUGCCUGGCUUCUUUUCCUACAUGGAAGAGCUUGGCGUGUUCAAACGGGCCCGCAAAUAUCUUGACAGAAGCGGUACCAAGGAAAAUUCUAAUCUCAGUCAAAAUAUAUUCCACAGCAUGAUAUCUCAGAUAGUUCAACAGGACCCAGCUUAUUAUGCUGUUCUGGUCGCAUGCAGAGCGGACCAAAAUUUGAACUUCAUUCAUUCCCCAGGCCAGCAUCAACAAAGCACAGUGUUUCAAAAUGAAGAUGUUGGGUUCGGUGUCCCAAUUGACUAUAUUAGGUCACUGGUCCAAGGAGAAGGUACAAGCGAUGUACAGAGUACUGUCAUAUUUCCGACCUGUGAGACUGCACAAAAGAUCCGACUGGUCCCAGGGUUUCAUCGCCAAAUAAACUCAUGGCUCCAGAGCUCGCUGGAGUUGAAGUAUGGAAGUGCAUAUAAAAUAUUUGGGGAAGCUCGGGAUAUUGCGGUACAGCCAGGUGAUUUGGUUAUCUGUCUUCCGCAAAUUCUCCGUUGGCCAACGACAUUUUCCUCCUCAAACUUCCUCAAACUGUCACAAAUUGGACCUGACACCAGAUUCUCUACAGUCCCCAAAAGGCUCAGUACAAGGUACAAUGUGAAUAGUUCAGCUGAGGCCUGGCAGCAGCCAGAACCGCAAUUUCACGAUGCUGAAAGAAUAGGGGAUGAAGAUCAUGCGGCAAAGGUGGGCCGCACUGAGGACAAUUGGUUCAGUGCUUCCAAUGCCAUAGGCCAGGCAUUGACUGGACGUCUUGAUUGGGGUAGCGACAGAGCGACUGAAGAAAGGAACUGUGUUCUCGGUUCCCACGGAGCAACAGCAGUUGAAUUUGUUGCGAAGUCGCGAGCCCAGGUAGCAAGGCAGUUUCACGAAGUCUGCGAUUCAAUUGAGCAAAGCUCAAAUAUGCACACUGAUACGGGAACGGAAGUGUGGAAGGAACGACACGACGCACCAGAAUCUUCCAAACAUCAAAAUGAUCACCCUGAGAACCCGGAGGUAUUCAUCAAUCCUUUAAAGUCGAACUCACUGACGUGGAACGACCCUUCUCUGGAUGAUAUGGUAGCAGAUUUGGGCCCUCUUUUCUCUGAACAGCCUUUGUCUUUUGAUUUGCCUUGA